UUUCGUUCUCCUUUGGCUUUACCCUUCCAGGUUCCUUUCCAUUCCCAUUCCCCACUCUCUUCUUCUGUGCAUCACUCUUGUUUGUUUGUCCGAAGGGGAAAUAAAAACCUUCACGGCCAUGGAGCUCCAGCCCUCAUUCGGUUAAGUCACGCAUGGCUGUCCUCUGAGAGAGCCGCUGACACUGGAAAUCAUGGCCGAGUUCUCUCGAUUGCCCCCUCGAGGCAACACCUCCCCAGUACCGCCGCCUCCCCCACCUCCUGCUCCCGUGCAACAGAGUCACAAGUAUUCCAACCGCGCGGCCAGCGCUUUGGCAAGAUUUGCCCAGCCUUUUUUUUCUGGGUCUCGACCUCCCAGUCCGCAUACGCAAAGUGGCCGUGCAGAUCUAUCUGCUGGUCCCCGUUCCACUAGGUCCAAGUCCUUACCUGGUGCUUCGCAAACGAUCUCCCAUAAGACUGGGAUCCCCAUAGCUGCUCUAGAUAUAUCUCCUCAGCGGACACAUGCAGUUAUUGGCGGCAAAGAGAUUUUGAAGACGAUCCGUGUCUCGCCUGAUCAUUCGUCGGAAGAAUUCAAUCUUCGCAGUGCAAUUAUUAGCUAUUCUUCUACUCACCAUGUUGGGAGUGGCCUUUCCGCGCGGCACAAGGACCAGCUGACAGUCAGAGAUGUGAAAUGGUCACAUGGCGAGCAUGACCAAAUCAUUGCCACCGCAGUGGCCAAUGGCCGCAUUGUGGUCUACGACCUGCAUCGGACAGGCUUAGAAUGCUGCCGCUUUCAGGGGCAUAGCCGUCAAGUCCACCGGUUGGCUUUCAAUCCAUAUCACUCAUCAUGGCUGUUGUCCGGAAGUCAGGACUCUUCAAUCCGGAUGUGGGAUAUGCGGGCAGCGUCGGCAGAACGGGGUGUUUUAGUAUGUGGAAGCACGGAAUUAUUCAACGGUAACAGUGACGCUAUUCGUGACAUCAGAUGGUCGCCUACCGACAGGGUUCUGUUUGCAACAGCCACAGAUAGUGGAGCAAUACAGCUAUGGGAUUGCCGUAAGACCAGUGCCCCAUUGAUGCGAAUCACCGCCCAUGAUCGCCCGUGCUAUUCGGUAGAUUGGCAUCCCAAUGGCAAACACCUUGUUAGCGGAGGCACAGACAGACAAGUCAAGGUUUGGGAUUUCUCCACUUCAGCAGAGAGAAGACAGAAGCCUGCAUUUCAGUUCCGGACACCUCAGGCUGUUCUCAACGUCCGUUGGCGGCCCCCAUCAUGGGCUAGAGAGCCAGAUGGUGCUGGUGAUUGGCAGUCAUCGCAGGUGGUGACAUCCUACGAUAAGGAAGAUCCACGAGUUCAGCUCUGGGAUCUCCGUCGGCCCCAUAUCCCCUUCCGCGAAUUCGAUCGCUAUGAUUCUCACGCUACCGAUUUACUUUGGCAUUCGAAGGAUCUAUUAUGGACAGUGGGCGAAGCCGGUGCUUUCACCCAGACCGAUGUCCGAUAUUCCCCUCAAGUGAUUAAUCAACGGCCGACAUGUGCUGUUGCAUGGAGCCCCACCGGAGAAGUCCUUGCGUUCGUCCAGAAACGUCCUCGACGAAACGCUCUGGGACCUGUCACCACCGAGUUCGUGGGUCCUCGUCAGGAAGAGAGCAGCAGUGGGGAAGUUUUGAGUCAAAGCCCAGUGGACGAGUUCCUCGAUGAGCUCCCGCUACCUGCGACUCGACAUCGAUACAGUAAGUCAAGUAGUGUUCGACCGUCUAAGUCUCUAGGCAGUACUCCCCCGAGUGCCUCGGAGCUUGUUCCCGUUCUCCCCUUAGAAAGGUUACUUUCUCAAAUCAAGGCUCCAGAGGUCCGCCAGCUCGGUGUAAUUGGAGGUAUUCCGGGAGCUACAUUGGAUCAAGACACAUAUCAGUAUCUAGCUUCGCACUAUCACCCUCUACUCAGCGAGCCUGGUACUGUUUCCAUCAAUAAUCCCAUACAGUCCUUCCUUGAAUCAUUCAAUCACAAUGCUCAGUGUUCAGAAGAGAUGUCUCUAUUCCAGCUUGCCCAGACCUGGCGGGUUAUACAGUACGCUGUCAUUCAAGAGCUUGAUUCAAGAGCGAAGCAAAAGCCCCUUUCUCUCGAUAAAGGACUCCGGGAUGUGAAGAAACGGCCAUCUAAAGAAGGGCCGGUCCCGGAGAAGCAGCGGACAAUGGAAGACGGGCGUCAAGAUAAGUUCAAGAACAAAUUGAUCAAGAGUGUUGUCGACAGCGAUGCAUCAAAGCGUUAUGUUACAGAUACUGAGGGAGCCUCAAAUAUGUCAACCCCGCUUGCGCAGCCCCUACCUGACUCUCCCCUCGGAUCCCUGGAUAGCUCGAUCUCCCAUAUGACGUCCUUGAAUGAUACCACAGAGAUCCAACCGCUUCCUGCUUCGAUCCUCAGUCCCAAGAUCGGGACAAUGUCUUCGAACGACUGGUCAUCGGUAUCGGACGUUGAUCAUCGUCCCCUCCGCGACUUCCAGGAAAGCCGGGGGCAGGCAAAUGAAGGUGCUCUCCUUGCGCCUGAGAGUUUACCACCAGACUUUUUGCGCCCUUCCGUAGCCCAUGAUUUGGCAGAUGACCAGCGAUCUGCACCGCGAGCCAUCACUGGCAGGACGGAUUGGCACAUUAGAAAACCCGUGGGCAUUUCAAAGGAAGUUUCUGAGGUGGACGAAUACGACCUGAAGAUGGAAGAUAAAAGAGCGGCAAUCCGUGAUUACAAGCUUCAUCCAAAGAAAGUACUAACAUUGGAUUCUCGAAUGGACGCUGACAAGCCCCCGACUUAUCAUCGUCAAGAAUCAUCAGAAAGUUUCCCAAUGUUCUCCGCAUCAACGGAAAGUUCACAUCCCUCCAAGUACAUGGGCACGUCUCUUUCCUCUGCUGCAAGACUUCAUGAGACAGCGCUGAAUGAGGACCGAGACGAGCAGGCAGACGAACCAAUUACCAGCAUGAGCAUAAUUAGGACUAGAGGAGAGUCUAGUCUAGGUCCAGACGUUGUGCCGAAGACAGAGCUCGACAGUGAGUUGUCUCAAGAAGACCUUCCUGGCUCUAGUACUAUUCACCUUGAUCGGCCAUCCAGCCCUCCUCCACUUGUGAAAGAGAGCCAACCACUGGAGCCCUGUACUUUCGAAGAAGGAUCUCAAAUAUUGCACACCGAACCAGGCGCUCAGGGCACAUCUGGCGCAUUGAAACAGUUUUCGGACGUCAGUAUCCCAAUUGCUCCUGAUACAAACACUAACAAACCCUGGAGCGUUGAGCUACUAUUCAAGGAAGCGAUCAGACACUAUCAUAGUGGCACUAUUGUUGACAUUCAGUCCGCUGCCCACUUGCUGUUGAAGAUGCGCACAUUGUUUCAAGAUUGCGACCAAAUUCUGCCUAGCGGAGAGUCUGAACUUAUAUUGAAAGCCUAUAACGAGCAACUAUUGCGUCAGUCAACGUACAUGGAGGCGGCCGAGCUCCGGCUUCUCUGCGUGCCAUCUUACCCAGCAGUCUACGAAUACGCCCAGGCGGAUACAUACAUGAACGUGUUCUGUUUCACCUGCAAACGACCCUACGAGAAUCCCAGGAGUGACAACGGGCGUUGCUAUCGUUGCAAUACCCCUCAGGAUCCAUGUGCUAUCUGUAUGAGCGUUGAUCCCCCUCCAGAGUGGGUUGCAGAGCUUUCGACGCCGUCGGAUCACCCCGCUUUUGGAUCAGGAUCGACAUAUACUUUGUCCGCUUCACAUUCAUCUUUAGAAACCCAACCCAUACCUCACUCCGAGAUACAGCAUAUUGAUGCCCUUCUCUCUGAGAAUACCCUACCACAUCGGCCCAAAGGGGCAACUCUAUGGACGUGGUGUCAAGGCUGCGGCCAUGGAGGUCAUCUAGCUUGUAUUAGUACCUGGUUGAGUGAUGUGUCCAUAAGCGAGGGUGGCUGCGCGACCCCUGGAUGUAUGCAUGAUUGUGGUCCAGGGCCUCGUCGUGAACAAAACCGGUCUGUAUUGCUUGAGGAGACCAAGAAACGAGAUUCUGCGGGUCGCAAGGCAGGUGUAGGCUUUGUUAAGCGAGAUACGUGGUCCAAGGGAGAAAGCAGGGCCGUGGAGAAGGUCCGUGGUAUGCUAGGAGUUGGCGCCUCAGCUGGAAGCACUUCGACCACAGCGACCACCAGUGCUGGACCCAGUGGGGCUUCCUCUACCACAAUGUCUCCCAAGAAGGUGCGGUUGGUGACUCCUAGUGAACAGGGGAAACCGCGACGAAGCGGCCAUCGGACCAGCUUUGGUGGCAGCGGCAGUGGGCUGAGCAACUGAUAGGUAUCGAUUCUGGCGAUGUGCAUUGAUGCGAAUCAUUGGAAGAACCAAGCCGUCUUCUCUCAUUGUGGAUGUUUUCGCCUGUCGUCUCAUCUGCACCGUGUCCUACAGCAUAAAGCCCCUAUUCAGGCGCUUAGUUGUCGGUGGACAGAAGUCGGGACUGACAUUGAUGACACCACUGUACAUAAGAAUAUGCAGCUACAUUGUAACACUAAUGCAAGAACCC